UUUCCUCCUCGCUCAACAAAGCAAGUAGUCAACUACUUUAUUGCCGUUGUAUUUCAAUUACUCGGCUCCUUUCCCUUUCCUCCUAUCGGCCGUCAUUUUCUUCCCGGAGUCCCGGCGGCCGGAAUCUCUUCCCUCCAACUUCAGACCUUCCGAUGUUACUAACCUUCUAUUUCUGAUCUUCUCUUUCUCACUAAUUCUAUCUUCUCAGGGGCACAAAAUAUUGUAUACCUUCUGCGAUGGUAAAGGCAUUCUACUAAACCAUAUAUUCACAGAUUGUGAUAUUUCCUAUAGACAAUGGUUCGAGGAAGGGAUGCUUGUUGGGAGCAUUGUGUUCUUGUUGAUGCAACACGACAGAAGGUUCGAUGUAAUUAUUGUCAGCGGGAAUUCAGUGGAGGUGUAUACAGGAUGAAAUUUCAUUUGGCUCAAAUAAAAAACAAAGAUAUUGUUCCAUGUACUGAAGUACCAACCGAUGUUCGAGACCACAUUCAAGGUAUAUUAAGCACUCCUAAGAAACAGAAGGCACCUAAGAAACCAAAGGUGGAUAUGGAAACUGCAACAAAUGGACAGCAACAUAGCUCCUCUGCUAGUGGUGGCAUCCAUCAUGGAUCCAGUGGUCAGAAUGAAAGCAACUGCCCAUCGACGUAUCCGUGCCUUUCACCAAGUGCACAACCACCAAUUGAUGAUGCUCAAAAGCAGAAGAAGGAUGAGACUGAUAAAAAAGUUGCCAUCUUUUUCUUCCAUAAUUCUAUUCCUUUCAGUGCUGCCAAGUCUUUGUAUUAUCAGGAAAUGGUGGAUGCAAUAGCAGAAUAUGGAGGAGGAUACAAAGCACCAAGUUAUGAGAAAUUAAAAUCUACUCUUUUGGAUAAAGUGAAAGGUGACAUACAUAGUUCUUACAAAAAGCAUAGAGAUGAAUGGAAAGAAACAGGCUGUACUAUCCUGUGUGAUAGUUGGUCCGAUGGACAGACCAAAUCAUUUCUAGUCAUUUCUGUUACUUGUUCUAAAGGAACACUGUUUCUGAAGUCGGUCGAUAUAUCAGGUCAUGAAGAUGAUGCAACUUACCUGUCCGACUUGCUUGAGACCAUCAUCCUUGAGGUUGGAGUGGAGAAUGUUGUCCAAAUUAUAACAGAUGCUACUGCCAGUUAUGUCUAUGCUGGGAGGCUUCUCAUGACCAAGUACACUUCCUUAUUUUGGUCUCCAUGUGUUUCUUAUUGUGUUAAUCAGAUGUUGGAAGACAUCAGUAAAAUCGAGUGGGUCAGUGCAGUAUUGGAGGAGGCAAAGAUCAUCACCCGGUACAUUUAUAGUCAUGCGUCAAUUUUGAAUACCAUGCGAAAAUUCACUGGGGGAAAGGAAUUAAUCAGGCCAAGAAUUACUAGAUUUGUGACUAAUUUUCUCUCUUUGAGGUCCAUUGUGAUUCUUGAGGACAAUCUCAAACACAUGUUUGCUCAUUCAGAGUGGCUGUCCUCAAUUUAUAGCAGGCGUCCUGAUGCACAAGCAAUUAUUUCCUUGCUGUAUUUGGAUAGAUUUUGGAAGGAUGCACAUGAAGCUAUCAACAUUUGUGAACCACUUAUUAGAAUUCUGAGAAUUGUCGAUGGAGACAUGCCUGCCAUGGGCUAUAUAUUUGAAGGAAUAGAGAGGGCAAAGGUUGAAAUCAAAACAUAUUACAAUGGCUUUGAGGAUAAAUAUAUGCCUAUUUGGGAAACAAUCGACCGGAGAUGGAAUUUGCAGCUUCACACAACGUUGCACACAGCAGCAGCGUUUCUUAACCCGUCUGUUUUUUACAAUCCAAACUUUAAGAUUGAUCUGAGAAUUAGAAAUGGAUUUCAAGAAGCUAUGUUGAAGAUGGCGACAACUGAUAAAGAUAAAAUGGAGAUCACUAGAGAACAUCCUGCUUAUGUAAAUGGGCAAGGUGCUCUUGGUACCGACUUCGCUAUCUUGGGGAGAACUAUAAAUGCCCCAGGUGAUUGGUGGUCUGGGUACGGUUAUGAGAUCCCCACACUCCAGAGAGCGGCGGUACGAAUACUAAGCCAACCUUGUAGUUCUUAUGGGUGCAGUGGAUGGAACUGGAGCACAUUCGAAACCUUACAUUCAAAGAAGCAUAGUAGAGCCGAACAGGAAAAGUUGACUGAUUUAGUGUUUGUACAGUGCAAUCUUUGGUUGCAACACGUUUGUUUGACUCGGGAUAGUAAAUAUAAACCCGUUGUAUUUGAUGAUGUAGAUGUGAGUUUAGAAUGGCCUUCCGAGUUGGAAUGCUCAGCUCAUGUUUUAGAUGAUUCAUGGUUGGAUAAUCUGCCUCUUGAAGGUAGAGGCAGUCCUUAA